CUCUGACUCAACACAUUCUUAAUAAAUUUUCCACUUCUUUAGACAUCACAAACAAGCAGAGAUGCCAUCAUAUUUUUGCUCAUACAAUCCAUCACCAACUUCCAUUUCAAAAUUCAUUUCAGACCAACCAUAUCUUUACCUGCUAGAAACCAAAUGUAAAACCAUAACAGACCUAAAAAAAAUUCAUGCCCAACUCAUAAAAACUGGUCUAAUUAAGGACAAAAUAGCAUCUAGCCGUGUCCUAGCAUUUUCGGCCAAGUUCCCUACUGGUGACAUCAAUUAUGCAAACAUGGUUUUCACUCAAAUAGACAAUCCAAAUCUUUUUAUUUGGAAUACCAUGAUUAGAGGUUUCUCAGAGAGUUCAACUCCACAAUAUGCAAUUCAUCUCUUCAUUGAAAUGUUAACCACUUCAGAUAUUCAACCACAAUUACUUACUUAUCCAUCAGUUUUUAAGGCCUAUACUAGACUUGGUCUUGCCAACAGUGGAACUCAACUUCAUGGGAGAAUCAUCAAACUAGGCCUAGAAUUCGACACAUUCAUAAGGAAUACUAUGUUACAUAUGUAUGCAAGUUGUGGAUUUUUGAUUGAAGCAAGGAAAUUGUUCGACGAGGAUGAGGACGAGGACGUUGUUGCUUGGAAUUCUUUGAUCAUUGGAAUAGCGAAAUCUGGGGAUAUCGACGAAUCUUGGAGGUUAUUUAGUAAAAUGGAAACUAGAAAUGAUGUAUCUUGGAACAGUAUGAUAAGUGGUUUUGUUAGAAAUGGUAACUGGAUUGAAGCAUUGAACCUUUUCAACGCAAUGCAAGAGGAAAAAAUUAAGCCUAGUGAAUUCACACUUGUGAGCUUGUUGAAUGCUUGUGGACACUUAGGAGCACUUGAACAAGGGAAUUGGAUUUAUAAUUAUGUUAAAAGGAACAAUGUUAAGUUGAAUGUCAUUGUUGUUACAGCAAUUAUAGACAUGUAUUGUAAGUGUGCAAACGUUGAAAUGGCGUGGCAAGUUUUUGAGAGUGCUCCGAAUAAAGGGUUAUCAUCUUGGAACUCUAUGAUUUUGGGCUUAGGAACUAAUGGAUUUGAGGAUGAAGCGAUUCAGCUAUUCUCGAGGCUACAAUGCUCGAAUCUGAAGCCGGAUUCUGUGAGUUUUAUAGGUGUACUAACUGCAUGCAAUCACUCAGGAUUAGUAGAUAAAGCAAAAUACUAUUUCCAAUUAAUGAAAGAAGAAUAUGGUAUCGCGCCACCAAUUAAGCACUAUGGUUGUAUGGUCGAUAUUUUGGGCCGAGCAGGACUACUUGAAGAAGCAGAAGAGAUUAUAAGAAGUAUGAAUAUAGAACCUGAUGCUGUUAUAUGGGGUUCUUUGUUAUCAGCUUGUAGGAGUCACGGAAACAUGGCGUUGGCGAGAUGGUCAGCUCAGCAUUUGCUUGAGUUGGAUCCAAAUGAGAGCAGUGGUUAUGUAUUGAUGGCGAAUAUGUAUGCAGCCAAUGGACACUUUGAAAAAGCUAUGGACGAAAGAAUUUCAAUGAAGGAGAAACAGAUAGAGAAAGAACCAGGAUGUAGUUCAGUAGAAGUUAAUGGAGAAGUUCAUGAGUUUGUUUCUGGUAGGAAGUUAGAUUCUCAGUUCCAUGAUUUAUAUUCUUUAAUGCACUAGACACAGAGAGAAAUUUAUUGUCUUCUUAGAGAGUAGAGACUAUUUUACACAAUCACUACAUCAUUUGCCAUUCACCUUUUAUGAAUGUCAGCAGAACUAAAAGGAACAUAUUCAUGCAACUUUUGGUAGUAUAU